AUGGCGCAUUUUCACAGCGUGAUAGAACCCGAGGCCGGUAUUUUGUUGGCAGAAUGCAACACGACCCCGGAAGCAAUGCUGAACCCAUAUAGGAAUCUGGAUCCAGCGACGUUGGUAGCCAAACUCCCAGAGCUGCGACAUUGGUCCGAUGUUGCUUUCUUGCAAUGGAAGAAUAACUAA